CGAUAAGACCCCUCCGAGGAGCUCGGCGUUCACCGAAAUGGAAUACUUCAGUGGUUCCCUCGCUUUUAUCACUCUGUUUCUACUGAACACAGCGAUAUGCGAGACGACCUGUGGAUUUGCGGCAUGUCCCGCACCCAAACUAAACAUGAUCAAUGUGCACUUGGUGCCCCAUUCGCACGACGACGUGGGAUGGCUGAAGACUGUGGAUCAGUAUUAUUAUGGCAGCCAGAACAAGAUUCAGCACGCUGGAGUCCAGUACAUAUUGGACACCGUGGUGGAGGAGCUCCUGAAGGACUCGAAGAGGCGCUUCAUCCAGGUGGAAACGUUCUUCUUCGCGAAAUGGUAUUCGGAGCAAAGCGAAACGGUUCAAAGGGCAGUGAAAAAGUUGGUGGCCGAAGGACGUUUGGAAUUCGCCGGCGGAGCUUGGAGCAUGAACGAUGAGGCCACCGUUCACUACCAAAGUGUUAUUGACCAGUUUAACCUGGGCUUAAGAUAUCUUAAGGAGACCUUCGGCGACUGUGGACGACCCACAGUUGGUUGGCAAAUCGAUCCGUUUGGUCACUCCCGGGAAAUGGCAUCCAUAUUCGCACAAAUGGCAUUCAAUGGUGAAUUCUUCGCUCGCAUGGAUUACGUGGAUAAGAAGAAACGUAUGCUGGAACUGGAAAUGGAGAUGAUUUGGCAGUCGAGCGAGUCGCUAAAGAGUUCGAAUAUCUUCACUGGCAUGCUCUACAAUCACUAUUCCGCUCCACCGGGAUUCUGUUUUGAUAUCAACUGCGAGGAUGCGCCAAUUAUCGAUGGCGAGAGCUAUGAUAAUAACGUGGAUGCCAGAGUCAGUGACUUUAUAGACUAUGUGAAGAACAUGUCCACGUCCUAUCGAUCCACACACAUCAUGGUGCCCAUGGGGGAUGAUUUUCAGUACGAAGAUGCGGCAGUUAAUUUCAAGAAUAUGGACAAACUCAUUAAGUACGUCAACGAUCGCCAAUCGGUGGGCUCCCAAGUCAACGUAUUUUACUCCACACCCUCCUGUUAUCUCUAUGAAUUGCAUCAGUUGAGGCAAACUUGGCCCAACAAAACGGAGGACUUCUUUCCGUAUUCCAGCGAUUCGCACUCCUACUGGACCGGAUACUUCACCUCACGACCCACCCAAAAGCGUUUUCACAGGGAUGGCAACCACUUCUUCCAAACCGUCAAGCAACUGAGUGUGUUGGCCAAUUUGAGUGACACUCAACACUUGGAAGAUCUGGAUAAUCUGAGCCAAGCAAUGGGCAUAAUGCAGCAUCAUGAUGCUGUUACGGGUACCGAAAAGCAGGCGGUUGCCAGCGACUACGAUCGCAUGUUGUACAAGGCCAUCGUUGGGGCUGAAAACAGUGCCCGGGAUGCCCUGCGAUCUCUGACCAAUCUGACAUCCGGGGAGUUCGAAAGUUGCCUGGAACUGAACAUAAGUGUGUGUGCCCUCACCCAGAAUACCGCCAACAAUGUGCUUGUGACCCUAGUUAAUCCAUUGGCUCAUUCCUCAACGCAAUAUGUGCGUAUUCCCGCAAAGAACGAGAACUACUUGGUCACCGAUGAGAAAGGUCGUGAAGUGUUUUCCGAAGUGGUUCCCGUUCCCUGGCAAGUUUUGGCCCUGGAACAUCGACCAAAUGACACCCAACACGAGUUGGUUUUCAAAGCCAGCGUUGAUAAAAUAGCCAACUUUUUGAUUCGCGUACUACCUUCACCGAAAAAUAUUGCAGAAGAUCAAGAUUAUUUCCCCGUAGAAAGAGCCCAGCAGGAGUCCCAGGAAUUAACCCUAGAGACUUCGCUGGUAAAACUGACUUUUGAUACCACAACGGGCGGUUUGAAAACUGUAGAAAUGAACGGACUUACAGAGAAUAUUGAGCAGAGCUUUGGAAUAUACAAAGGCUAUCGAGGCAAUAAUGGUGAAUCGAAGAACCGAUCAUCCGGCGCCUAUGUCUUCCGUCCGGUUGGCGAUAUUGAAAUACUGAACAACAAGCUGGAGCUCUCGUUCUAUAAUGGCACCAGGGUUAAGGAAGUGCAUCAGCAUGUAAACGAAUGGAUUUCCCAGGUAAUCCGCAUCUAUGAGGACGUGAAUCGCGUAGAAUUCGAAUGGCUAGUCGGACCGAUUCCGACGGAUGAUGAAGUUGGCAAGGAGAUAGUAACCCGAUUCUCGAGCAAUAUAUCCUCGAAGGGCAAGUUCUACACCGACUCCAAUGGUCGCGAAAUGCUGGAACGUGAGAGAAACCAGCGGGAGCACUUCGAUCCGGAUAUGUCGGAGGCCAUAAGUGGUAACUACUACCCGGUAACUGGGCAAAUAUCCCUGCAAGAUGAACAAAAGCGCAUCACCCUGCUAAAUGACAGGGCCCAAGGAGGAUCCAGCCUGAUGGAUGGCGAAUUGGAGCUGAUGCUCCAUCGUCGCCUCUUGAACGACGACGCAUUUGGAGUGGGCGAAGCCCUGAAUGAGACACAAUAUGGCACUGGUUUGAUUGCAAGGGGCAAGAUCUCCCUAAUCCUCGAUGCUGCUUCGGGGAAACCAAAUCAGAGAUUGGUGCAACACCACUUGGACCAACACUUUUGGAAGUUCUUCAGCAAGUCGAAUGGCAUUGCCUCUGUAAACAGGCACUUGAUUCCCGAUUUCUAUGAAUUUCCCAAAUCCGUCGAAUUGCUGUCCUUGGAACCUUACUCGAAGGACCAAAUACUAAUACGAGUGGAGAACUUUAACACGGAAGGAAACGUAGUUAGCUUCAACAUUUACCCGCUCUUUGAGUCGCUGCAUGGAGAUCAAAUUUGGGAAACCACUCUAGAUGGCAAUAUGCUGCUGGAGGACGUGAAGAGAUUCAAAUUUACCCAAGAUGGCUCCGGUACUAUUCCUUCCUCCGCCGAGUACUACUACGCUCCUCACAAUCCCUUGUCCGCUAAUUCAACGAUGAACGCCAACGCAUUUGUAGUCACACUGGUUCCAAUGCAGAUUCGCACAUUUAUAAUCCAGCAAAAAUAUAUUUCAUCAUGAAGAAAUAAAGAAAUGUAGAGCCAUUGCAAAAACA